CAAAGAGCUUAGUUCAAAAAAUAUUAAAGUGCAUGAAAUCUAAGGAGAUAUCCUAUAAAACCAUAAUGGAGCUACUGAUGAAGGGCUGGGAUGUGAGAUUACUCAACUCAAUUCGUUCAGGAAGCUUUAUAUGUGAGUAUAUUGGAGAACUCCUUGAAGAAAAGGAAGCUGAACAAAGAACUGGCAACAAUGAGUAUCUCUUUGACAUUGGGAAUAACUACAAUGAUACCUCUCUUUGGGCUGAAGUUGCAGAGUUCAUGCCUGAUGCUCCAUCAAGUUCUUCACAAGUUGUGGGGGAAAGUGGCUUCACCAUUGAUGCAGCAAUGAAAGGCAAUGUGGGGAGAUUCAUAAACCAUAGUUGCUCACUGAAUUUGUUUGCACAAAGUGUCCUCUAUGGUCAUGAAGACAAGAGAAUUCCUCAUAUAAUGCUUCGCUGCUGAGAACACACCUCCACUUCAAGAGUUAGCUUACCAUUACAACUAUAUGAUAAAUCAAGUUUUUGAUGCUAAGGACAAAACCAAGAAGAAAGCUAGUUACCGUGGUUCUUCAGAAUGCAUAUGUAGGAUGUAUUGAAGCAAAGCACAAAAGGGGACUUCAUGUAGACGCAUUCAAAUCAAAUAAUUCAUUAUUU